UGCCUCGUCCUCCUCUCAUUGUUGUUGUUCUCGGUGACGCGACGGAGGUGUAGCCUGACGCGGUCUCUUACGUGUCGGUCUGAAUAAAAGUGGAGCUCCGUAGACUCGGGAGUGACGAAGCGAGCCUGUGUUGAUUCUAAAUGACCAUGGAGGCUGGUGCAGACACACAGCAAAGUGGUGAAACGGGUGUCUCAGAGUCUGAGGUCCAGCAGAUUACUCUGACACAGGCGUCCAUAGCUGCAGGCCAGGUGACCACCAGUAGUCCCACAGUCACCCUCGUGCAGUUACCCAACGGUCAGACGGUCCAAGUGCACGGGGUUAUCCAAGCUGCACAGCCCUCUGUCAUCCAGUCCCCACAAGUCCAGACUGUACAGAUCUCAACUGUUGCUGAGAGUGAAGACUCGCAGGAGUCUGUCGACAGCGUGAUAGACUCUCAGAAAAGGAGAGAGAUCCUAUCCAGACGACCGUCUUACAGGAAAAUUCUCAACGACUUAUCAUCAGACGUGCCAGCAGUGCCUAAAAUCGAGGAAGAGAAGUCAGAGGACGACACGGCUCCAGCCAUCACCACAGUCACAAUGCCCACUCCCAUCUAUCAGACCAGCAGCGGCCAGUACAUUGCCAUAACCCAGGGCGGGGCCAUCCAGCUGGCCAACAACGGCACAGAUGCAGUUCAGGGUCUGCAGGCGCUGACCAUGGCGAACACUGCGGGCCAGCCUGGCACCACCAUCCUGCAGUACGCGCAGACCAGCGACGGGCAGCAAAUCCUGGUGCCUAGCAACCAAGUGGUUGUACAAGCCGCCUCUGGUGAUGUCCAGGCCUAUCAGAUCCGCACAGCGCCUACCAGCGCCAUGACCCAAGGGGUUGUCAUGGCGACGUCACCUGCUAUGGGAACAGGAGGAGGAACGGAGGAGGUGACGCGUAAAAGGGAGGUUCGACUUAUGAAAAACAGAGAGGCAGCUCGCGAAUGUCGUAGGAAGAAGAAGGAGUACGUCAAGUGUCUGGAGAACCGCGUGGCCGUGCUGGAGAACCAGAACAAAACCCUCAUCGAGGAACUCAAAGCCCUCAAAGACUUGUACUGCCACAAAUCUGACUAGAACUGUUACCAAAUGCCUGCCGGGGGCUCGACAGGUGAACAGAGACUUAGCACAGAGCUGUGCACCUGGAUGCUCCUUCCCCCUUUUCUACUCCUUUGCUUUCUUUUUAAAAAAACUGCUGAAAAUCUAUAAAGUGACUCACCAGGAAUACACACAAUUCCUCAACUUCACUGGUUUUAAAUUUCCCCGCUCCUAUCGGUCUCACUUGAACAAGCGAGGCAACGAGAAAUGAGGAUGCGGAGGAGUUUGUAAACUAUACAGGGUCCUUGUGGUGACGUAUGAUUUUUUUUUUUUUGGCACCACUAAAUGGAACCAUUCCACUCACUGGUGUGAAGACAUACUGGGCAACAUCACCAGCAACAGGACGACAUCACCGCUAACAACGGACCUUUUUACACUUUCAACUCCCAGAGACGCUCAGAUCAUCUCGAGGUUAUCUUUGCGUUUGUUAUCGUACCGAGCUCUUGCAUUAACCUCUGUUACUUACUAAUGCUUUGACCUGUAGAUGGCGCCUGUGUCAUGGAUAUUUUAUCUUUUGAGCUGUGUUUUGGUUUAUGUAUAAGAUUAUCUGCUCUGUUAAUGCCAUGUAUAUUUUUUUUUAGUUAAAUUUUAUUUACCAUCCCGUGAUACAUGAACAAAAAAGCAGACCAUGUAGUCAGGUUGUAAAAUUGUGUUAAUGUUAAUUGCAGCUUCUUUUUUUUUUUUUUUUUUUUUUAAAGGUUAAAAAUACUGGAGAAUAUGGACAAAAUAUGAAGACACCAUGUCUUUUUAGCUAUUAUUUGUCCCCAUUUAUGAUUUAUGGUCUUCAAAUGUCAAUAAUUGGGGGGAAAAUAAUGAAAACAAACAGGGUUAAAGUUUUUUUUAACUGAUUUUGUUUUCAUUCAUGUUUAUGUUUUGUUUUUAACCUGGUUUUUAAAAUGUCUGUAAAAAAUAAUUCCAGAAUUAUGGACAAAAAAAUGAAGCCACAUGUGUCACGGUACGGGACACAUACUUGUGUAAUUAUGAACAAAUUUGACACCUGUUAUAUCUGUAUUUUCAAAAAAAGAUUUAACUCAAUGCUGUCUGAAUUAAUUGUAUAACCUAAGAGAAAAGAAUCCUGCAGGUAGUUGUUGGUAAAAAAGUGGGAAAGAAUUCAAGUCACCGGGACGCCUCUGCGUUGUUGACCCCGCCCCCAGAGGCUGCGUCCACGUUGUUUACACAAUUACCGAGUGGCAUUCGCACUUUUCUUGCCUUGCAUAUACAAUCCUACUACAUUUCACAACAGUAAUCUUGCCACUGCAGGGUAAGACGCCCCCUUUAAGAUUGUACUUUAAGUAACACAGUACGUGAUAUAGCGUCAAAGUGUCUACUACUAAUAAUAAUUUCCAGCAGGUGUAAAGCUUCCCUCCACAGUUUGAAGUUUUUAAAUCACGUUUCGGUUAUUUAUCAAGAUGUUAUCAUGUUUUGAUCUUAAUCGGACAUCUUAAAUUGCACAAAACCAUCAAACGCCCAGGUGAGAGGAUGGCAGAGUGCGACAAAUACUUCAGUGAGCAAAUGAGGAUAAUUUUAAAUAAUCAUGGACUGUUGUUCAGUAUUCUCUUAGGUAUUAUGUAUAGUCAUGAAAGUAUGCUUUUUUUUAUGUUGCUUUUCACUGAUUUUAUUUUCACAAACUUGUGUUAUACAGUGCAUUGUCAGAGCAACUCAAAUAUUACAUUUUUUGGCAGCUGGUAAUAAAUGUGUUUCUGGUAA